UGCUGUGAAUCAAAACACCGAGCCUGUCAGUGAACGGAACUGAGUCAGAGUCUGACAGCAGCAGUCUCCUCCCACUGAGCCUGAUGAGAAGACGAGCAGCUCCAGUCUGUCUGACAUACAGGAAGAAGUUGAACAAGUCUCACAACCAAACACUGAACGCUGGAAACCUUCACAAAGAAACAAAUCAACAUCAGUUUUUAGUGUUUUUGCGCUUUCACUUGAUUUCCUGAGUGGACUUUGUGACUUUGUGUGUUUGUGCCAUGCGCAGCUGGAAGAAUGGAGGUGAAUGUGAGGACUGCUGCUGAUCUGGAGGAGCUGCUGUAACGUGAGGACUAUUACUUCACCCGAAGAGAAGAAGAAAGUCUGUCGCUUUCUAAAUGGAGAACAUCUGAAAGGAAACGCACAUUGAGUAAUAAUGUCCGACAGGUCCAGUUUCCUCCACAACGGAGACAUUGUGUCUCUUUACGCAGAAGGCUCAGUGAAUGGCUUCAUCAGCACUCUGGGGCUUGUGGAUGACAGGUGCGUGGUCCAGCCUGAUGCUGGAGACCUGGCCAACCCACCCAAAAAGUUCAGAGAUUGCCUCUUCAAGGUGUGUCCCAUGAACAGAUACUCGGCCCAGAAGCAGUUCUGGAAGGCCAAACAGGGAAAACAAGGAAACAACAACACACAGGGAGACCUGUUUAAGAAGUUACAGCAUGCGGCGGAGCUGGAGCAGAAGCAGAACGAGUCGGAGAGCAAGAAGCUCCUCGGAGAAGUUGUGAAAUACAGUAAAGUCAUCCAGCUCCUGCACAUUAAGAGCAACAAGUACCUGACGGUGAACAAGCGUCUCCCCGCUCUGCUGGAGAAGAACGCCAUGCGUGUUUCUCUGGACACGGCGGGGAAUGAGGGCUCCUGGUUCUACAUCCAGCCCUUCUGGAAGCUCCGCAGCGAAGGAGAUAACGUGGUGGUUGGAGACAAGGUGGUGCUGAUGCCGGUGAACGCAGGGCAGCCUCUUCAUGCCAGUAACAUCGAGCUGCUGGACAACCCCGGCUGCAAAGAGGUUAAUGCUGUUAACUGUAACACCAGCUGGAAGGUCACCUUGUUCAUGAAGUUUAGCGACUACAGGGAAGACGUGCUGAAGGGGGGAGACGUGGUGAGGCUGUUUCACGCCGAGCAGGAGAAGUUUCUGACCUGUGACGAGUACAAGAAGCAGCAGCACGUCUUUCUCAGAACCACGCUGCGGCAGUCCGCCACCUCCGCCACCAGCUCCAAGGCUCUCUGGGAGAUCGAGGUCGUGCACUAUGACCCCUGUAGAGGUGGAGCCGGCCAGUGGAACAGCCUCUUCCGCUUCAAACACCUGGCGACCGGGAACUACCUCGCGGCAGAGGUGAACCCUGAAUUCAAAGACAACACGGUGGAGCCCAAAGGAGAGAAUGAGACGGACACUUUGUUCUCCAAGAGGAAGCAUCAAGCAGCGGAGAAGAUCGCUUUCACCCUGGUGUCUGUUCCCCAUGGGAACGACAUCGCCUCUCUGUUUGAGCUGGACGCCACCACGCUGCAGCGGGCCGACUGUCUCGUGCCCAGAAACUCCUAUGUGAGACUCAGGCACCUGUGCACCAACACCUGGGUGACGAGCACCAACUUCCCCAUCGAUGCAGAGGAGGAGCGUCAGGUCAUGCUCAAGAUCGGCACCUGUCCCACUAAAGAGGACAAAGAGGCGUUUGCCAUCGUGUCCGUCCCUCUGUCGGAGGUCAGAGACUUGGACUUUGCCAACGAUGCCAGCAAGGUCCUGGAGUCCACCGUGAGGAAGCUUCAGUACGGAAACAUCGCUCAGAACGAGAGGAGGUUUGUGACUAAGCUCCUGGAGGACCUUGCUUUCUUUGUGUGUGUGGUAUCGAACAACGGCCAGGAGGUUCUGUCCGUGGUCACCUCCACGCCCAACCGAGAGAGGCAGAAGCUCAUGAGGGAACAGAACAUCCUCGCCCAGAUCUUCGGCAUCCUGAAGGCUCCGUUCACAGAUCAGGGCGAUGGUCCGAUGCUGAAGUUGGAGGACUUGGGAGACCAGCGCUACGCUCACUUCAAGUACAUGUUGAGACUCUGCUACCGGGUGCUACGCCACUCCCAACAGGACUAUCGCAAGAACCAGGAGUAUAUUGCCAAAAAGUUCUCCAUCAUGCAGUCUCAGAUUGGCUAUGAGAUCCUGGCCGAGGACACGAUCACCGCCCUGCUGCACAACAACCGCAAGCUGCUGGAAAAACACAUCACAGCCAGGGAGAUCGAGACCUUCGUCAGCCUGCUGAGGCGCAACAGAGAGCCCAGAUUCCUGGAUUAUCUGUCUGAUCUCUGCGUGUCCAACAAGACUGCCAUCCCCGUCACACAGGAGCUCAUCUGUAAAUUCAUGCUGAACCCCACCAACGCAGACAUCCUCAUCCAGACCAAACUAAUCCCUAACACAGAGACCACCCUGGAGUCCUCUCUGGUGCUGGAGGAGGUGGAUGAGGAGGAGGUUUGGCUCUACUGGAUCGACAGCCACAAGGAGCCUCACGGCAAAUCCAUCCGCCACCUGGCCCAGGAUGCUAAGGGCACCCACAAGAUGGAUGUAGACAUUAUCACCUAUUACAGGUACCAGCUGAACCUCUUUGCUAAAAUGUGUCUGGACCGUCAGUACCUCGCCAUCAACCAGAUCUCCUGUCAGCUCUCCGUGGAUCUGAUCCUGCGCUCCAUGUUCGACGACUGCCUGCCCUACAACCUCAGAGCCUCCUUCUGCCGCCUCAUGCUGCACAUGCACGUGGACCGCGACCCGCAGGAGGCCGUAGUGCCUGUACGCUACGCCCGCCUCUGGACCGAGAUCCCUUCCAAGAUCACCGUCCACGAGUUCGAGUACGAGUCCACCGACUCAUCAAGAGAGGAGAUGAAGAGAAAGUUUGCUCCCACCAUGGAGUUUGUGGAAGAAUACCUUAAAGAUGUGGUCAGCCAGCCGUUUCCGUUCGGGGAUAAAGACAAGAAUGAACUCACGCUAGAGGUGGUGAAUCUGGCUCGUAACCUGGUUUACUUUGGUUUCUACAGCUUCAGUGAGCUGCUGCGUCUCACACGCACUCUGCUGGCCAUCCUGGAUAUUGUCCAGCACCCCCUCACCUUCAUGAACAAGCUCAACAAGAGCCCAGAGGCUGGCAACAACGUCCUGCGUACGAUCCACGGCGUCGGGGAAAUGAUGACUCAGAUUAUGAUGAGUCGAGGCGUGCCGCAAUGCCUCCCCGACGCCCCUCCGUCCCUGCGCUACGGGAGAGGACACUUCCUGCCGGACAACGAGGACGUCAUGGUGAUGGACACCAAGCUGAAGAUCAUCGAGAUCCUGCAGUUCAUCCUGAGUGUGAGGUUGGAUUAUAGGAUCACAUAUCUGUUGUCCAUCUACAAGAAAGAGUUUGGGGACAAGACCAUCUCUGAAAGCUCUGCCUCUGUGUCUGAAAUGCCUCCAAUGACACCUUCUGAACCAGACAUAGACGAGAUUGCAACCAAAGCAGAGAGCAUGUUUGCAGGGAGCUCCAGCUCAGAGCUAAGUGCGGUGGAACUGGACGACGAGGGGGGCCGGACCUUUUUGAGGGUUCUGAUCCAUCUCAUCAUGCAAGAUUACCCCCCGCUGGUGUCUGGCUCGCUGCAGCUCAUCUUCAAACACUUCAGCCAGAGAGCCGAGGUCCUGCAGGCCUUCAAACAGGUCCAGCUGCUAGUGUCAGAGCAGGAUGUAGAGAACUACAAGCAGAUCAAGACCGACCUGGACCAGCUGCGUCUGACUGUGGAGAAGUCGGAGCUGUGGGUGGAGAAGAGCGGAGUCUACAGCAGCGAAGACCUCGUGGUCCGGCCGUGCAAAGAGCAGAACCUCGAGGAGGUUGUCCUGAGCCCCGUACAGGACGGAGAUAUCAAACCUCAAAUUGACAGCAACAAAGCAAACAACUACAACAUCGUCAAAGAGAUCCUACUGCGGCUCAGCAAGCUGUGUUAUCCCAGUAAGAAGAGUCGUGUGCAGCAGCAGAGGCUGCUGAAGAACAUGGGGGCCCACACCGUGGUGCUGGACCUGCUGCAGAUCCCCUACGAGAAGAUUGACGAGAAGAUGAAUGAGAUCAUGACCCUGGCUCAUGUAUUCCUGCAAAACUUCUGCAGAGGAAACCCUCAGAACCAAGCUCUGCUCCAUAAACACCUGAACCUCUUCCUCACUCCGGGGUUGCUUGAAGCUGAGACGAUGCUUCACAUCUUCAUGAACAACUACCAGCUGUGCCACGAGAUCAGCGACCGCGUGGUCCAUCAUUUUGUCCACUGCAUUGAAACGCACGGGAGACACGUUCAGUACCUCAAGUUCCUUUCCACCAUUGUGAAAGCGGACGGGAAGUACGUGAAGAAAUGUCAGGACAAGGUCAUGACAGAGCUGGUGAACGGAGGCGAGGACGUGCUGGUGUUCUACAACGACCGCUCCUCGUUCCCGGUGUUGCUGCAGAUGAUGGGCUCCGAGCGAGAGCGGACGGACGAGGACGGAGCUCUGGCCUACCACAACAACCUCGUGGAGCUGCUGGCUGCCUGCACCGAAGGCAAGAACGUCUACACCGAGCUGAAAUGCAACUCUCUGCUGCCGCUGGACGACAUCGUCAAAGUUGUCACUGAUCUCCACUGCGUACCAGAGGUCAAAACCGCCUACGUGAACUUUGUGAAUCACUGCUACGUGGACACAGAGGUAGAGAUGAAGGAGAUCUACACCUCCAACCACAUCUGGAAGCUCUUUGACAACUUCCUGGUGGACAUGUCCAGUGUGUGCAACAGCACCACAGACCGUAACCAUGCCGACCUGGCCCUGGAGAAGUAUGUGACGGAGACGGUGAUGGCCAUCGUGAAGGGUUUCUUCAGCUCACCGUUCUCCGUCAACCACUCCAACCUGCAGACGAACCAGUCCGUCUUCAUCAAGCUGCUUCAGUCUUCUUUCAGGAUCUAUAACUGCACCUGGAUCAACUCAGCUCAGAGGGCUAAUAUCGAGUGCUGUAUUAAAACACUGGCUGACGUCGCUAAGGCUCGGGCCAUAGCCAUCCCAGUGGACCUGGACAGUCAGGUCAACACUUUGUCUCUCAAGGUCCACAGCAACAUGGUGCAGCGAGCAGCCAAGGACUGGAGGAUCUCCGCCCGCACACGACCCCGCAAGGAGCCCCUGGGUGGCCCCGACUACAAGAACAUCAUCGAGAAGCUGCAGGGGGUCGUGUCCCUGCUGGAGGAGCAGUUCAGUCCCAAGGUUCAGGCAGAGUUCUCCGUGCUGGUGGACGUUCUUCACAGCCCGGAGCUGCUGUUUCCAGAGGCGGCUCGGCUACGCUGUGAGAGCGGAGCUUUCAUGUCCAAACUGAUCAAACACACCAAGAAGCUGAUGGACAAAGAGGAGAAGCUGUGUAUCAAGAUCCUGCAGACACUCAAAGAGAUGCUGGACAAGAAGGAAUGCUUCCAGGAAGCCGACCCGCUGGCUCUGGGUAAAACAGACGACAAGGCACCGUGUUCAGGUGGAGACGAGUUAAGAAAGAUCCUCCUCACACGCUACUUUGGAAAUCAAAAGCUUCUCUCCAAGUCAGAGCUCGGGAGUGGAAACAGCUCAUCUGGCGGCUUUGUCAAACCGUCAUCCGGAGGAGGUUCUCCCAUGCUGGACUCUGACAAGCUGGGCAGCAGUGUGGUGGAGAUCCAGUGUCUCUUGGACAACGUCGGCGCGUCAGAGCUGGUGAUCGACCUCAUCGUCAACACCAAGAACGACCGGGUGUUUGAGGAGAGCAUCCAGCUGGGCAUUGCCCUUCUCCAGGGCGGAAACACACAGAUACAGAACUCCUUCUAUAACCAGCUGUACAAGCAGAAGAAGUCCGAGAGGUUCUUCAAGGUUUUCUACGACCGCAUGCGCCUGGCUCAGCAAGAGAUCCGAGCCACCGUGUCCGUCAACAUGUUCGAGCUCAGCUGCAGAAAAAGGGACGACGACGGUGACGUCAGCGGCUUCAGGAUGAAGAAAGGGAAAGACUCCGGUCUUCUGAUGAGGGAGGACAUGCGGGGGCAGCUGAAGGAGGCCUCCUCUGUGACCUCGAAGGCCUUUUGUGCCUUCAGAAAGGAGCUGGAUCACGACCUCGAAGGCCUCGGCCAGAACAGCGAGAUGGUCGGGGCUGAAGAGGUUAUAGAAGAAACUCAGAUGAGCCAAGCCAUCACCAUCAUGAAACCUAUCCUACGUUACCUCCAGCUGCUCUGUGAGAACCACAAUACAGGCCUGCAGAACUUUCUGCGCAACCAGAGCAACAAGACGAACUACAAUCUGGUGUGUGAGACUCUUCAGUUUCUGGACUGUAUUUGUGGAAGCACCACCGGAGGCCUCGGGCUGCUGGGCCUUUACAUCAAUGAGAGUAAUGUGGACCUGGUUCGCCAAACCCUGGAAACCAUCACAGAGUACUGCCAGGGCCCCUGCCAUGAAAACCAGAGCUGUAUAGCCAAGCAUGAGUCAAACGGCAUUGACAUUAUUAUCGCACUGAUUGUGAACUCCAUCAACCCCCUGGGGAAGCAUCAUCUGGACCUCGUGCUGGUGCUCAAGAACAAUGCCUCCAAGCUCCUACUGGCUAUCAUGGAGAGCCGCCAUGACAGCGAGAACGCCGAGAAGAUUCUCUACAAGAUGAGACCCACCGAACUGGUGGAUGUAAUGAAGGAAGCCUACGCCCAGGGUCUGGAGAGCGAGGAGGACGAGGACAGCGUCGGAGACCAGAUCAAGCCCAGAGACGUCGGGCACAACAUUUACAUCCUGGCCCACCAGCUGGCCCGACACAGUAAGAUCCUGCAGCAGAGCCUGAGGCCGGGGUCGGGGUUGGGGCCGGGGUCGGGGGUGGACCCUGAGAAGGAUGAUGCCCUCCAUUACUACGCCAAUCACACAGCUCAGAUAGAGAUUGUGCGUCACGACCGCACCAUGGAGCAGAUCGUGUUCCCGGUCCCCAACAUCUGCGAGUACCUCACGGAGGAGUCCAAGGUGCGCGUGUUCACCACCACGGAGAGAGACGACCAGGGCAGCAAGGUUAACGACUUCUUCCAGCAGUUUGACAACCUCUACAACGAGAUGAGGUGGCAGAAGAAGAUCCGCAAAAAUAAGGCUCUGUUCUGGUUCUCACGCCACAUCUCUCUCUGGGGGAGCAUCUCCUUCUACCUGGCCUGUCUGCUCAACAUCGCUGUGGCUGUAUUCUACCCUUUUGGGGAUGAUGGAGAUGAGGGCACCUUGUCGCCCUUCUGGAAUAUCUCGCUGUGGGUGGCGUUGGGCGUGUUCACCUCCUUACUUCCUGUCUUACCCAAGCCGUUGGGCAUCCUGUUCUUCCUGGUCUCCCUCAUUCUACGAGCCAUCUACACGAUGGGCCUCGGCCCGGCUCUGCUGUUGCUGGGGACUGUCAAUCUGUUCAACAAGUUGGUCUUCCUCGUAAGUUUUGUGGGCAACCAGGGGACGUUCACUCGAGGCUACCAAGCUGUUGUUAUGGACAUGCUCUUCAUUUACCAUUUGGGCUACGCCAUCAUCUGCGUCCUGGGCCUCUUUGUGCACGAGUUCUUCUACAGCUUUCUGCUGUUUGACCUGGUGAUCCGAGAGGAGACGCUGCUCAACGUGAUAAAGAGCGUGACGAGGAACGGCCGCUCCAUCAUCCUGACGGCUGUUCUGGCCAUCUUCCUCGUCUACUUCUUCUCUAUCAUCGGCUUCCUCUUCCUCAAGGACGACUUCCGCAUGGAGGUGGACCGCCUUCCUGCUCCAGGUGAUUUAUUGAGUAACAAUGGAGCUGCUGACUCAUGUAUGAAAGAUAACUGCCCUGAUUCAACACCUAAACCUGUUCCUGACGACGGGACGGAGCGGGUGUGCGACACUCUGCUCAUGUGCAUAAUCACAGUGUUGAACCAGGGACUCCGUAACGGAGGAGGUGUGGGAGACAUCCUCAGGAGACCCUCCAAAGAGGAGCCACUCUUUGCGGCCCGAGUGGUUUACGACCUUCUGUUCUUCUUCAUCGUCAUCAUCAUCGUUCUUAACCUCAUCUUCGGUGUUAUCAUCGACACCUUCGCAGACUUGAGAAGCGAGAAACAAAGGAAGGAGGAGAUCCUGAAAACCAGCUGUUUCAUCUGUGGGUUGGAGAGGGACAAGUUUGACAACAAGACGGUGUCCUUCGAGGAGCACAUCAAAUCCGAGCACAACAUGUGGCAUUACCUUUACUUCCUGGUUCUGGUGAGGGUGAAGGAUCCGACCGAGUACACCGGCCCCGAGAGCUACGUCGCCCAGAUGAUUGCGGAGAAGAACUUGGAGUGGUUCCCCCGCAUGAGAGCCAUGUCUCUGCUGAGCAGCGAGGGAGACAACGAGCAGAACGAGAUGCGCUCUCUGCAGGACAAACUGGACAGCACCGUCACUCUGGUGUCUCAGCUGUCGGGCCAGCUGGCUGAGCUCAAGGAACAGAUGACAGAACAGAGGAAGAACAAGCAGAGGCUCGGCUUCCUGGGUCCUCCUCAGCCCAACCAUCACACCCCGGCGACCCACUGAGGGGCUCGAGGCUCGAACAGGAAGUGGUGACGGCCCCCCCCCCCCCCCCCCCCCCCGACUGCAGGCUCGCAGUACAAACCAGCUAGAAAUGCAAAAACUCCAGCCUUAAGAACAAUACAUGUUCUCAGAGUACACUUACAAUUACUGAGGCCAGCAAGUGUUGACACGUAAUUAGCGACAUAAUGGCCUUUCCUCUGACACAAUCAGUACCUUAUGGGAUACUAACUGUGCCUCAUGUGCUCACUCGGCCACUAGGAGCGUGCUUUACUGUCCGUCUGUACACAAACACCCUCGUACAGAGGAGCUCGGCUCUGUGAAUGAUUGGCCAGACGCGGCACACAUCUGCCAGUGUAGUGUUAGUGUGCCAGACAGAGGUCGAGGGGAAAUGUUAAGGUAAGGUUAAUGGUUAAGUGCUGUCAAGUCUGCGGACGGGCACGUCUCGUUCCUCGACUGUCCUCGACUGUCCUCAGCGGUGAUGUGUCAGAGAGCGGACAGAGAGGUCUCUCAGUCGGUGAUUGGCGGCGUCGGAGACGUUGUUGGGUUUUGGCCUCCGGGGAGAGAGUGAACAUCAUAUUUUUCCUCCUUUCUGAUGCUAUCUAUGAGACAGUUUGCGGUUCAUAACUGGAGUAUUAUUUUUGCAUUUUGGAAAAGGUAUCCUGCUGCCUUACUCAUUAACUUUUCUAAACAGAAACAUUGCAACUGCUGAACAUGCACUUUUUUAAAAGAAAAAUAAAGUGCUAAAAUAUAAGCCUGUAACUGGAAGCAAUGGUUAGAUGGGGUAUUAUUUUUACAUGCUUUGUGUUGCGUUCGCUGCACCAUUUCAGUUGCCUUUUUAUAGAUUUCUACAGAGUAUAUAAGUAACAUAAAUGUGAAUUAAAAAUAACGAUUGCCUGUGCAGAACUUACUUGAAAUUUCUUUUUAAAGUCAAAAUGGUAUAUUGGUACAUAAUGUAGUACUGACCGAGGAUGGUAAACGUACAGUUCAUUGUUACAAUAUGAACAUCCUCAUGUCUGUAGAAAUGUCCGCUAAUAUUAACUGUAUCCGCUCUGUUUCUUAAAGUGUCAUGUUUUUAGUGUAAAUCAUCCUCACUGGUCUCUCUGGGACUGCAAUUGAUUGUUAAAGUCUGUUUUAAACUUGCACAAACUAACGGCAGAUACAAGCGCAUGCACUCGAUGGUGAACUGUCCUGGGACAUUUUCUGUUGAAACAAAGUUUAGAGAAAAAUGUCUUUUAUGUGGCUGGAUGUUGUAAUAAAUUUGUAACAAGACUCA